ACUGCUGGAAGACAUCUUACGAGGUAUGGUUUUCCUGUUAGGAUCAGAUCAGAUAACAGCCCAGGAUUCAUCUCUAAGGUAACACGGGGAGUGGCCCUAGUACUUGGGGCAGAUUGGAAAUGACAUUGUACAUAUAUGUCCCAGAGCUCAGGACAGGUAGAGAGGAUGAACAGAACAUUAAAGGAGACCUUAACUAAAUUAGCCCUGGAGACUGGCGGGGACUGGGUGACUCUCCUCCCCUUCACCCAAUACAGGGUGAGGAACUCCCCAUAUAAGAUGGGACUGACUCCCUACAAAAUCAUGUUCUGUCUUCCUCCACCUGUUAUCCCCAAUUUAAAACCUGAGGUGCUUGCUGAAUUUGAUGAUCACCAACUUCUUUUCUCCCUCCAAAUGUUACAAUGAACCCAUGAGCAGGUGUGGCCUAAGCUGAGGGCCCUCUAUGAGACUGGGCCACCCCCGGACCCCCAUCGAUAGCGGCCAGGUGACUGGGUGUACGUGCGGAGAUACCAACACCGGACACUUCAACCUCGCUGGAAGGGACCUUACACCGUGAUCCCGACCACUCCCACCCCUCUCCAGGUCGACGGGAUUACUCCCUGGGUCCACUACACCCACGUCCGGCCGGCCAGCUGACCCACACACCGUUCUCACGGACUUUGUUCCAGAAUGGAAAAGCCAACCGGACAAGGACAAUCCCCUAAAGCUAAGACUGCGCCGUUCUCACUUAUUUCCCACCUCCAAGACUCCCUAGUCCUAGGUUGUCCUUCAAAAUAGAAAGGGAUUAGACUUAGUCUUCUUACAACAAAGGGUGGGGGGGUUAUGUGCUGCCUUAACUGUAAAUAAGAGCAAGAACAGCAACAAGGUUGGUGAGAAUCCUGGUUUAAUCAUUCCCCUGGCUCACUCUGAGAGCAACCUGGACCCAUGAUUGGGUCCUGUAUAGGAUCCUCUGAAAAAGGAGGGAAUGUGGGACUCAGGAAAUUUAACAAAAUCCCCUACCCCUGGACAAGCAGAGCAGGACUGACUCUAUUUUGGGCUGCACCCCCCCUUGUGCUGACUGCUUAUUACUUAGGGCACUGCCCCGCCCUAGUCAAAGACCAGGGCACACCCUAACCCGAAAUCCAGUUCAGUGGACCAGCACGACUGUGCGACUUUCUGCGUAUCCCAUUGGCCACUGGCUCCUAUAAAGCUGCUACACCUCUUAGUCUCGGGGUCCAAGUCCCUGCUCCGCUGCGUCAGGUACACUUGGACCCAAGCUCGAGCUUGUAAAUAAACCCUCGUGUGUUUGCGUCGGUGUCGGCUCCUUGGCGGUUUCUCGGAUUCGCCAUCUUGGGCACAAGAGAGCACACAGGGGGGGUGGCCUUGACCCGGCCACGGGAGGCGGGGACAUGUCUGGGAGUCAGGAUGUGAGGCUGGCAAGAUGGCGGUGCGCCGUGAUCACGGGGGACAGGUCAGCACAGGUGUGUAGGGAGCAGAGGGCCCCCCCCCACCCCUGUGUGUCCACGUUUGGGCCCCCGGAGGCCUGCAGUGCCACCUGCUGGACAGGAGCCCCACGACGACACCCCAGGGAGUCCCACCCUGCAGGCUGCUCCCAGAGAAGGCCCUGGCUGCCCACACCAGUGCCGAGUCGCAUGCUGAGCCUGACCCACACCACACUGUGUCCCCAACGGGCAGAGGGAUCCAGGGGCGAUCCGCGAAGCUCAGGGGGCCGCGGGGGUCCCGGCCUGGUCUCAGGCCUGCGGUGCCUCCCCGAGGCUGGGCUCCUCCCACCCCUCCGGGCUGCACGCCCUCCCGAGCCCCCAGCCCCGUGAGCCCCUAGGCCCCAUGCCCUGAUGGGGCAAUCGCUCGCAGCCGCCCUGGCCCUGCGCUCUGCCCAGACCUGUUCUAGAUUCCACACCACCUUUCCCCGGGGCUGCUUCCACCUCCCCACCCCCCACCCACCGCCCAGUGCAGGCGAGGCGAGGCCGGGACUCAGUGGGGGAGGCUGACCAGCAGGAGAGCUGGCGUGAGCACCGCGGGGUCAUGGAACCCGCCGCAGGGCCUGUGCUCUACCAAAAGCUGGCGCUCUGGGAUCCAAGUUUGGGAUCUGAGGAGGAGGAGGAGACAGAGACGUUGGAGCUGGUCAUUCCCAAUUCCUGGAGCCCCCAGGACUCCUUGAGGAGAAAGGUUGACAGGCUGCCCGGGGCCUGGGCUCGCCUAGUCGCUGCUCUGCUGCUGCUGGCCGUUGGCCUCUCACUGGCCGCCAGGCAACUCCAUGCCAGGGGCGACCCCACAGGAAGCCCGGGCUCAGGAGCAGCCCCGCCCAGUGGGCACUCCCACACCCCCGGCGUGUACCACCGCGGUGCCACCAUCAGCCCUGCAGCCAUGUGCUCCCACCUGGGCCGAGAGCUGCUUGCCGCGGGUGGCAACGUGGUGGACGCCGGAGUGGGAGCAGCUCUGUGUCUGGCAGUGGUGCACCCUCACGCCACGGGGCUAGGUGCCAUGUUCUGGGGUCUCUUCCAUAACGGCACCUCGGGCAGAUCGACCGCCCUGACGUCGGGCCCAGCCCGGACCCUGGCCCCGGGCCUGGGGCUGCCGUCUGCUCUGCAGACUCUGCGCUUGCUGCACAUGCACUUCGGCCACCUGCCCUGGCCACAGCUGCUGGCUGGCCCCAGCACGCUGGCUCAGGAGGGCUUCCUGGUAGACACGGCCCUGGCUGGGGCUCUGGCCGCGCAGGGCACAGAGGGCCUCUGUCCGCUGCUAUGCCACAGUGACGGGACGCCCCUGGGCCCUGGGGCCCGAGCCACCAACCCAAGCCUGGCGGCUGUGCUACACAGGGCAGCACUGGCCCCCACCCCAGACCUCGCCGGGGAGGCCCUACUGAGGCCACUACUCAGAGACCUGGGGCUGCAGGCACCCUCCGUGGGGCCCACACCCUCCCUGGAGCCGGCACUGCAGCUGGCUGUGCCCCAGGGUGUCCUGUCCACCACCCGCAGCCCCUCUGCUGGCCCAGAGCUGCUGGCCAUGUUGCAGGCAGCCCUGCAUUCUGGAAGGCCCCCUCCCGACCUCUGCCCACCACUCCCACAAACUCCUGUGACCCCUGUGGGCAGUGUCCUGGCCACCAUAGACAGCACUGGCUCCAUGCUCCUUCUAAUCUCCUCACUCAACAGCUCCUUUGGCUCUGGACACCUGUCCCCAAGCACUGGGGUUCUACUUAGUGAUCUGGUGGCUGCACCUGCCACUAGUGCCUGGGCCUGCCCCCUUGUCCUUCACAGCAGCUUGGAUGACACAGAUGCUGAUGUGCUGGGGCUGGUGGCUUCAGGAGCUCCUGAUGUGGCCAGGGUCACAACUCGUGCCCUGCUUGGUCACCUGGCUGGGUCCCAAAACCAGGCCCAGCACUGGCAGCACCAGGGACCAACACAGAACACUAGCAUUUGCGGCCAAGGGAUCCUGCUCCAGGUGGCCGCUCAUGCAGAGCACGCCCACGUCUCCAGCAUCCCCAGUGGCUGCUGCACCUUCCAGGGCUUCUAAGCAGGAGGCAGUGUGUAGCAGUGAGGGUGGGGUGGGGGUUCUCAGGUCUGCAGGCCCGGCAGGGAUGACGUGCAUGCAGAGUGUGCACAAAUUAUGUGCUCACAGCCUCUGACCUGGUCACCAAUCUGGACUCCAGAUCUGGGUCUUUUUUCGCUUAAGGAUACUGAGGGUAAUGGGGUAAGAGCACCAGGCCGCAGCGUCAGCCCUCAGUUCAGAUCCAGCUCUGAGAAGGACAGGUAGAAGGGUGCCAAGCUUGUGCCUUGGCCGCAGGCCCCAUGGGAGGGGCAGGAAGACCUCUCUGGCCUCCUCUUCAGGACACCCACCCUCUGCUGACCUCUGUCAGCUGAUCUGGAAACAAAAUAAAUAUCAAAUCUCCUGGA